GUUUUGUCUUAAAUCAGAGAAAUGGUGAUGUGAUUUGUGUUUUUUUUAGAGUUUCAUCUUGUAAUUUGUUAUUGGUAGUGGUGGCUCUUUGGAUUUUGUAAAAACAUGGAGAGGAAAGAUGAAGGUGAAAGCUGGAAAGAAAUGGUGAGAAAGAUGCUUCCUCCUGGAGCUCCUUUACCGGAAGAUCCAUCGGAAUUUGAUUACUCCAUUGCUUUAGAGUACACUGGUCCUCCUCCGGUUCAUGAUAUCCCUAGAGUUUCACCUGUUGAUGUUAACCCUCCUAGAGUGAACAAUCCGAUCCCAUUACCGGUUUCUCGUAUAGCGGGAGGAGUCACAAGCUCUUCGGGAGGUUCGCCAGCUAGCUCUGAGUCUGUAGUCUCUGUGUUGCAUAAUAACCCUGAAUCAUCAUCUGGCUCAGCUUCUGUGUCACCAGUUUCUGGUCAUAGACAAAAUGGGAAUCAGAUUCGUAGACCGGUUGUCAAAUUCAAACCUGUUGAUGAUCAUGAUAGGAUUGAAGGUAGAGAAGCUGCAGAGGAGGAUAACAACAAUGUGGAGGCAGAGACAGAGAGGGAGAGGAAGGUCCAUGAGUCUACCGCAAGUACGAAGAGAAGGAAGAAGAAUAAGAAGAGAGAGUGUUCUAGAUGUGGAAAAGCGAAAUGGGAAAAUAAGGAGACUUGUAUUGUUUGUGAUGAAAAGUAUUGUGGAAACUGUGUGCUUAGAGCGAUGGGUUCGAUGCCUGAAGGAAGAAAGUGUGUGAGUUGUAUUGGUCAAGCUAUUGAUGAAUCGAAACGGUCUAAAUUAGGGAAGCAUUCGCGGGUAUUGUCGCGGUUGCUUAGUCCUUUAGAAGUUAAACAGAUCAUGAAGGCGGAAAAAGAAUGUACUGCUAAUCAGCUGAGACCUGAGCAGUUGAUUGUGAAUGGGUACCCGUUAAAGCCCGAGGAAAUGGCUGAGUUGCUCAACUGUCUUUUACCGCCUCAGAAGUUGAAACCCGGUAGAUAUUGGUACGACAAAGAAUCUGGUCUAUGGGGAAAGGAAGGAGAGAAACCAGAUAGAGUCAUUAGCUCAAACUUGAACUUCACGGGGAAGCUGUCCCCGGACGCAAGCAAUGGGAACACGGAAGUUUAUAUUAACGGUCGGGAGAUCACAAAGCUUGAAUUAAGGAUUUUGAAGCUAGCAAAUGUACAGUGUCCACGUGAUACUCAUUUUUGGGUAUACGACGAUGGGCGUUAUGAGGAAGAAGGGCAGAAUAAUAUUCGAGGAAACAUUUGGGAGAAGGCAUCUACGAGGUUUAUGUGUGCGCUGUUUUCUUUACCUGUUCCUCAAGGACAACCUCGCGGAACGGUGCAACCACCGAGUAAUUAUGUUACUGUUCCGAAUUAUAUAGAGCAUAAGAAGAUUCAGAAGCUUCUACUUCUUGGUAUCGAAGGGUCUGGAACUAGCACUAUCUUCAAACAGGCCAAGUUUUUGUACGGAAACAAGUUUUCAGUGGAAGAGCUUCAAGAUAUAAAGCUGAUGGUACAGAGCAAUAUGUAUAGAUAUCUCAGUAUCCUACUCGAUGGAAGAGAACGGUUUGAAGAGGAAGCUUUAUCGCAUACAAGAGGUUUAAACGCCGUUGAAGGAGAUUCGGGAGGCGAGGAAGCAAACGACGAUGGAACUGUCACUACACCACAAUGCGUCUAUACCUUGAACCCGAGGUUGAAGCAUUUUUCGGAUUGGCUUCUAGAUAUCAUAGCAACUGGUGAUCUCGAUGCGUUUUUCCCAGCUGCAACACGUGAAUAUGCUCCAUUGGUUGAAGAAGUUUGGAAAGAUCCGGCGAUACAAGCAACAUAUAGACGAAAAGAUGAGCUGCAUUUCCUUCCUGAUGUCGCGGAAUACUUCUUGAGCCGGGCCAUGGAAGUAUCAAGCAACGAAUAUGAGCCUUCGGAGCGAGAUAUUGUGUAUGCAGAAGGUGUUACACAAGGAAAUGGAUUAGCUUUCAUGGAGUUUUCUCUCAGUGAACACAGUCCAAUGUCUGAAUCUUACCCCGAAAACCCCGACGCCUUAUCAUCUCCUCAACCAAAGUACCAGCUUAUCCGCGUAAACGCAAAGGGGAUGAACGAUAGCUGCAAAUGGGUAGAAAUGUUUGAAGAUGUACGAGCAGUAAUCUUCUGCAUCAGCUUAAGCGAUUACGAUCAGAUCAGCAUAACACCCGAAAGCAGCGGAACAGUCCAGUUUCAGAACAAAAUGAUCCAAAGCAAAGAACUUUUCGAAUCAAUGGUCAAGCACCCGUGUUUCAAAGACACGCCUUUUAUCUUGAUCCUAAACAAAUACGACCAGUUCGAGGAAAAGCUAAACCGUGCACCGUUAACAUCUUGCGACUGGUUCAGCGAUUUCUGCCCGGUGAGAACGAACAACAACGUGCAGUCACUAGCUUACCAAGCUUACUUCUACGUAGCAAUGAAGUUCAAGCUUCUUUACUCGUCUAUCACGGGUCAGAAACUGUUUGUGUGGCAAGCUCGGGCUAGGGACCGCGCGAAUGUGGAUGAAGGGUUUAAGUAUGUGAGAGAGGUUUUGAAAUGGGACGAAGAGAAGGAAGAGAGUUACUUAAAUGGUGGUGGAGAAGAUUCCUUUUAUAGUACGGAUAUGAGUUCGUCACCAUAUAGACCGGAGGAGUGAAAGAUUUCUAUCUCCCGGAGGAAACUCUUGAUUAAUGAUUUGUUGUUAUUUUUAACUUUAAGUAGAGAGAUAAUUAAUGUGGGAAGAAGAGAAAUAAAAUUAUUUGUAAUCU